UUUCAGUGAACAAAGGAUUUUGCUGGAAUCUCUCAGCGCUAUACCUAAAAUGGCGCCCGGCGCGCUCAUCUCGGCCACCAUAGAGAUGAGGCGGGGCGGGCGGCUAGAGCGGCGCCGCUGGCACUUUUCUCUCGUACAGUACUUUACACACGGCCCGGCUCUGCCUCACUGGUAGCGUGAGGAGGGCGCUGUGAGCAGCGGCAUGGCGGGGGAGGGCGAGCCCGACUCGGAGAAGACCUUUAAGUUACUAGGAAUCCUUGAUGUCCAAAAUAUUCCCUGUUCACGAGAGUCAAUACUCUAUGGGUCACUGGGUUCUCUAGUUGUGGGCCUUGGACAUUUUUUAGCAACCAGUAGAGUUAGAAGAUCUUUUGACUUUGGAAUGGGAGGUUUUGUUUUGACAACUUUAGGAUGCUGGAUAUAUUGCAGAUAUAAUCAUGCAAAACUAAGGAUCCAGCAAAGAAUUAUUCAAGAAGGGAUGAGAAACAAGAUCUUAUAUGAAAGUAGUGAUUUUGAUCCAGAAAGAAAACAAAACAGCAAUCUAGGAAGCAAUUCUUAGUUUAUCACAGAGCAACCCAAUGGUCAAAUACAACCUGUGGGGUAUUAAAAUGGAAGUGCAAAGGCACACUCUGCCUGUAAGUGUGGGAUGAGAACAAAACUGAUAACCCACACAAUCUUUUUCCUACUGGACUCAAACAAACUACUCAGUCUGUUAAAGAAGAUCCUAACAUGUUAAGGUUGUGUAUAGAUUUAAAAGUUGUGUACAUUUAUAUGCAAAUCAGGGAUGGCCUUCCAGUUUCUGGCCCAUUGUGUUUGAAAAUGAUAAAUUUAAUUGCUGAGGAUUAAUAAUGUUUCAGAACUGUUUAGAACAAUGGUGUGUAGCUCUUCUAAAAUGACUAGAAGUUUUGGCUUCCCUCUUAUCUCUGUGAAACAUACAGUAUAAUGGGCAACUUCUACUAGUGAUGUUGGCUAGUUAAGACAGUUAAUAGACAUGUUUAAAUUGAGGAUAAAAAUGGGAUGUUCUUUACUAUUUGAAACUAAAAAUGAAAUAAUUUACUAAUUUUCAAGAGGGCUAUUUGCUACUCUUUUGUACCUUAUGUUUGGGAUACUUUAUCUCAUAAGUCCCGGUCUUCCAAUUAGAGCACUUCUUUUCAGUAGCCUGUACUAUUUACAGUUUAAUAAUUGGGUAGAGCGGUACCUGGUUGCCUUGAUUAGUUACAUAAACCACUGCUGGAUUGAUAUUUUAUUUUGAAAUGUGCAUAAUAUAUUGUAAAAUUGGUGUUUUGAAACUGUACCCUAAAUUUAUCAUUUCUGUAUUUGUCAUAAAAAUUUAAAUAAAUGUAUUUAAAAAACA